GGGUGCGACACGGAAGGGUUGCGGCUAGCUGCCAUGAUCUUCGUUCCUGGAACACGACCGUCGGCUAUCGUGACCCCUCGACUAUGCGGCACUUUAACCGCCACACGCAAUGUGCUGCGGCGGCAUUCAUGCUCUCUACUUCAGCCACAUUCCAAAUGACCUCCUCUCCUUGGAAGGCCCACUUCAAACCGCAUCGUUCGGCUUCUCCCCACUACGCGGCCGAUCAUGUCUGCCGCGUGGCAGGUGAUACGCCAGGCGCAAUGCAUCUCUAGCACCCCACGUCCGUCAUGACCUCAGCAGAAGCAGUGGAUGCUAUUAUAACUGCAGUCACGCUGUUUCCCUUAUGUUCCGGAAGUCGUUCUGGCAAGAGCUCUGCAUCUACGUGUGCCUCAUACUCAUAAUGUCUAUUGUUUAGUUCAUCGCACGGCCGCGACUCCACGGCUGCCGCUUUCUCUAUUGGAGCCCUUACAUCGAACACCAGCAGGCUUGGUGCAACGAUGUUUUCAGGAGAGAUACAGAUUGUCGAAAGGGCAAAGGUGCAUCGGAGACAGAACAAGGCGGUGUGCCCGGGUGGGAAUGGGACGACGAUAGGCACCUUUCAAGAUUUCACUGUUCUUUGCAACACCAAUCUCGGAGGAGAUGUCCUCGACAGACUAGACGCCUUCGACUUCAAGGCCUGCGUUGACCUCUGCUCUUCUUUCCACCCAAAAUGUGAAGCAGCCACUUUUCAUGACGCGAGCUCGCGUUGUGCCUUGAAGGCCAACCUACGGCCGGAAGAGCAGCGCCCUUCGCGGAGCAGUGACUCUGCAAUUGCAGAAUUUCCAGGCGCCACCUCGAAUUGCCUGACGCUGGGAGGAGCGCAGCAAACGCUGGGUACCAGCUUCACCACCAUGUGCGGCUUCAUCAUCGCCGGGAGCGAUUUGACCCAGAACUUCGCGCCUACCUUCCAGGACUGCUUGGGCCAAUGCGCAUCAACCUCGGGCUGCGCAGCAUUGUCCUUUGACCCGAGCCAGGACCUCGGAUUCAAAAACUGCUACCUCAAGACGGCUGUCGCGAAUUCCAGCGCCAUCGCAGCGGAUCAACGAACCGACUCCGCGAUCGUGGCGGCCGCUGCUCCCCAACCUCCGGGCAGUUCUUCUCAGGUCACGUCUUCGUCUGCAAGCCUGGUAGUACCACCCGCCCCUAUACUGCCUACAACGGACCCCGGAGUAUCGAUCCUGACGUCGCCAUCACUCCCACCGGCCAUAACGCCCGGCGCCGGUAGCGGGGCGGUAUUCUUCACUCCACCUGCCGGCAGCACAAUAACUGAGUCUGCUCGGCCAGCCACAUCGACCUCGACGUUCGUACCGGCACCCGACUCUUCGACCCUCGCAAUAUCCGGCUUGCCCACCACACCAUCUUCAUCGUUAGCCGCAGGCUCGUUCCCGUCCUUCUUUCCCGGCCCCAGCACAACGCCCGUGACCUCGGCGGAAUCGGCCCCGGGGGCGACCCUCCAAGAGCAAGGGGACAGUCCACCGUCCAUGGCAUGGGUUGCCGCCCCCGUUGUAGGCAGCGUAGCUGCUAUCGCACUGAUUGCGGUCUCCUUUGUCAUGGUCAGACGCCGGCGCCGUGGGAGCGGGAGCGAAAAAUCGUGUCCUUCAACUCGGUUCGCAGCGUGGCUGCCGGCUGCAUGGUCUUCGUCGCCUAGGAACGAGCGCGGGGCUAGCAACAGGCGGAAGACAGGCAUGGGCAACUUCUCAGAGGUGGAAUCCGGGCGGCGGAGUGUGGAUAUGAGAGGCAGCAUGAGGAGCAGUGUCGUUGGGUUCAUGACUGGGCGCCCGAUGGGCAUGGAGAGGUUGGAGGACAUUGAGGAGGGCGGGAGUACUGGUGAUGCUAUAGCCCAUAGGAAGGAAAGUGCGCCGGCUGCUGAGGGUGAUGGCGAAAGGGCGGAGUUGAGAAGCAGUCUCAAUGGAUUGAGGCAGAAUAGGUGGUCUUAGGGGAAUUCAUGUGGUUUAUUGGAGUUGGGGACCUGCGGCG